CUUUGUAAAUGAUAGUUAAUUACAACCGUAAAUAAUAACUCAUUAGAUUUAAUCUGACAUAUAAUGUAUUUGAUGGUUAUCCUUUAAAUCAAUUCGUAUGUUUCCAUAACUGUUCCAAAACUCAGAUGACAUUUAUUCCAUUUUUUAAUGUGACGCUAAGUAAUAAAAUACCAACACUCGAUGAGUUGUGACAUAACAAUGGCUGCCAUUUAUUUACUGCAGUUAGAGAUGUAUUCAUUCGUUUAUACGUAAGGGGGUUUAUACGUUGAGAGUUUAUUUAAUUUAAUAUUUAACAAAAUAUCUUCCACUAAGUUCUUAGAGGGGGGAAAAAAACAGCUGAACGAAAUUGUUAAAAUUAUUCUACCCACAUUUGGAUUAGAGAGAGAACAUUAGUCCACAUACAUAUUUAGUGGCAGGGCAUUGGCAGUCAUGGAUAGCGCGUGCUUUGCAGGCACAGGUCUUCCUGGCCACAACAUCAACAGCACCGGAGGCACGUCUUCACCCACUUGUAACCAGAGUAUGAUAAAGCUCGCCCCAUACUCUCCAGAAGCCACAGCAAUCUUUGCAACAGCCAUCACAUUGAUGAUUCUUUUUACAAUUGUGGGUAAUAUUUUUGUCAUCAUCGCUGUUUUAACCAGCCGCUCACUUAGAGGACCCCAGAAUCUCUUCUUGGUCUCACUUGCGGCUGCAGACAUCUUGGUAGCCACCCUCAUCAUCCCAUUUUCGCUGGCCAAUGAACUGAUGGGAUACUGGUAUUUCCGUACCGUAUGGUGUGAGAUUUACCUGGCGUUGGAUGUGUUGUUCUGCACUUCCUCUAUAGUACACCUGUGUGCCAUCAGUCUAGACCGCUACUUGUCUAUCUCACGCGCCGUCACAUACGGCGCAAAGCGGACGCACAAACGCAUCAAAUGUGCAAUUUUGGUGGUGUGGCUGAUAUCAGCAGUCAUCUCCUUUCCACCGUUACUCUCCAUGAACAAGAAUAAAGGAGGUGUCGAUUCAGAUGGACUGCCACAGUGUCAGCUCAAUGAUGAGCGCUGGUACAUCCUGUACUCUACUAUCGGUUCCUUCUUUGCUCCUUGUCUGAUUAUGAUCUUAGUCUACAUAAGGAUCUACCAGAUUGCCAAGCAGCGCACGCGGUGUCCACCGGGGGAGCCCCGCAAAGAGGUCCCAGCCAAUGCCGCAACGUCUCAGCACAAGGAGGGUCUGCAAAACGGAAGAGGAGAUGAAACGCCUGCUACCCUGCAUAAAAACCCUAGGCCUCCAACUCUGGCUGUGUCCCAAGUGGAGUCCGUCCAGCAGGCGGCGAGCACCCCGAUCGCCAACAACCUUUUGCAAGCCCCUUCGACAGCCCUGACGCCAACCACACCGUGUCCUUCCCCGUCUCCUUCGAAUUCAUCUGAAAUGGCUCCUAAGAAACCUAAACACGGGAAAAAAGUGAAGAAGACCAAGAAACCGCCUGACAACAAUAACGGAGAGAGCAUGAGCUCUGACUCGGACACAGAGCAAGGUGGGAGGGGGUUAGAGGUCCCUUGCACUCCAAGCGUGACACCUAGUGGCAUCCAUUCCCCUGCCACUAUACAGAAAUACAGAGACAUGAUCGCCACCGCCAAAGGCACCAAGCUGGUGACCUGGAAGACCAAGCAGGAAGGAACGCCCAACUCAGCACGGCGCAAAGCAAUGGUGAACCGAGAGAAACGCUUCACCUUUGUGCUGGCGGUGGUAAUUGGCGUCUUUGUCAUCUGCUGGUUCCCCUUCUUCUUCUCGUACAGCCUACAGGCUGUGUGCCCAGAGUCAUGUGCCCUGCCAGAACCACUCUUUAAAUUCUUCUUCUGGAUCGGCUACUGCAACAGCUGCCUCAACCCGGUCAUCUACACCAUCUUCAACAAAGACUUCCGCAGAGCCUUCAAAAAGAUUCUCUGCAAUAAGACCAAAGGCACAUUCUUCUGAAGCUCCUGAGGUGGAUUGCCUCCUCAGACAACAAAUAUCCAGCUAUUCAGAACAUGGACUAAAAGAAGCACAAUAACGGUUCUGUUUCGAUGUAAACGAAGGGCUUUUUGUGCUGCCCAGGACACCGUACGACUCAAAUGACUUUAUUUUGUCCAGGUUACCGCCCCA